GCCCAGCCGGUGGCGGGAAAGGCAGCGGCUGGUGUCCUAAGGUCUUCUGGCUCCGCUGGGAUCCUGAGGACCCGCGGGGAGCGGACCUCGUCACUUCUGUCUCCCCUGUCUCCAUCUUCCUUACCUCUCUGUUGGCUGGCCUACUGUUGUAUGGACUUGUACAUGAUGAAUUGUGAACUUGUAGCUACAUGUAGUGCCCUUGGGUACUUGGAGGGAGACACUUACCACAAGGAACCAGAUUGCUUAGAGAGCAUAAAGGAUUUGAUUCGCUACUUGAGGCACGAGGAUGAGACUCGAGAUGUGCGGCAGCAGCUGGGGGCAACCCAAAUCCUGCAGAGUGACCUUCUACCCAUCCUUAUCCAACACCACCAGGAUAAGCCUCUCUUUGAUGCUGUUGUCAGGCUGAUGGUGAACUUGACACAGCCAGCCUUGCUCUGUUUCGGCAGUGUGCCCAAGGAGCCCAGCUUCCGGCACCAUUUUCUGCAGGUGCUAACUUACCUGCAGGCCUACAAAGAGGCCUUUGCCAGUGAGAAGGCUUUUGGAGUCCUCAGUGAAACCCUGUAUGAGCUGCUUCAGCUGGGCUGGGAGGAACGGCAGGAAGAGGACAACUUGCUGAUUGAACGGAUCUUGCUGCUGGUCAGAAAUAUUCUCCAUGUCCCAGCUGACCCUGAUCAGGAGAAGAGUAUCGAUGAUGAUGCCAGUGUCCAUGACCAACUUCUCUGGGCGAUUCACCUCAGUGGCCUGGACGACCUGCUCCUCUUCCUGGCCAGCUCACCCGCUGAGCAGCAGUGGAGCCUACAUGUGCUAGAGAUUAUCUCCCUUAUGUUCCGUGACCAGAACCCUGCGCAGCUGGCAGGAGUAGGGCAGGGACGCGUAGCUCAGGAGCGGAGCACAGAUGUGGCAGAACUAGAGGUGUUGCGCCACCGAGAGAUGGCAGAAAAGAAGACUCGAGCCCUCCAGCGAAGCAACAGGCAUUCUCGAUUUGGGGGCUCCUACAUUGUCCAGGGGCUGAAAUCCAUUGGGGAGAGGGAUGUCAUCUUUCACAAAGGUCUUCACAAUCUCCAAAACUACAGUUCAGAUAUGGGAAAGCAGCGGCGAAGGGUACCUAAAUGUCGCCAGGCUGCCCGGGAGCUGUCCUCUGAGCGCCGCUCUGCCCUCAAUGUGCGACUCUUCCUCAGAGACUUCUGCUCUGAGCUCCUGGAGAACUGUUAUAACCGGCUCAUGGGCUCAGUGAAGGAUUACCUACUUCGGGAGAAAGCUCAGCAGCAUGAUGAGACCUACUACAUGUGGGCCUUGGCUUUCUUCAUGGCCUUUAACCGAGCUGCUGCCUUCCGGCCAGGCCUAGUUUCUGAGACCCUCAGCGUCCGUACCUUCCACUUCAUAGAGCAGAACCUCACCAACUACUAUGAAAUGAUGCUGACCGACCGCAAGGAAGCCGUCUCCUGGGCACGCAGGAUGCAUCUGGCUCUGAAGGCCUAUCAGGAGCUGCUAGCCACACUGAAUGAGAUGGACAUGUCCUCAGAUGAGGCUGUGAGGGAGAGCAGCCGCAUCAUCAAGAACAACAUUUUCUAUGUGAUGGAGUACCGAGAACUAUUCCUGGCACUCUUCCGAAAGUUUGAUGAGAGAUGCCAGCCCCGCUCCUUCCUUCGUGACCUGGUGGAAACAACCCACCUCUUCCUCAAGAUGUUGGAGCGAUUUUGUCGGAGUCGCAGGAACCUGGUGGUGCAGAACAAACGAAAGAAGAGGAAGAAGAAGAAGAAGGUCCUAGACCAGCCUGUUGCUUCUGAUAAUGUCCCAUGUAGCCCAGAGGAAUUGGAGGCCAUGUGGCCAGCACUGACUGAGCAACUACAGUGCUGUGCCCAGGCUCCUGAGCUCAGUUUGGACUCCGUUGUUCCCUUUGACGCGGCCUCAGAGGUGCCAGUGGAAGAGCAGCGGGCAGAAGCCAUGGUGCGGAUCCAAGACUGUCUCCUGGCUGGCCAGGCCCCACAGGCCCUGAGCCUCCUGAGGUCUGCCCGGGAGGUGUGGCCAGAAGGAGAUGUGUUUGGCUGUCAAGACAUUUCCCCAGAGGAAGAGAUCCAGCUGCUGAAACAAAUCCUCUCUGCCCCACUUCCCCGACAGCAGGAGCCAGAGGAACAAGGGGCAGAGGAGGAAGAGGAAGAAGAAGAGGAAGAGGAGGAGUUGCAAGUGGUCCAGGUGUCGGAGAAAGAAUUCAGUUUUCUGGACUACCUGAGACGCUUUGCAUGCUCAACCGUGGUCCGAGCCUACGUGCUGCUGCUGCGGAGCUACAAGCAGAAUAGUGCCCACACUAACCAUUGUGUUGUCAAGAUGCUGCAUCGGCUGGCCCAUGACCUCAAAAUGGAAGCCCUGCUUUUCCAGCUCUCACUCUUCUGCCUCUUCAAUCGUCUGCUUAGUGACCCUGCCGCUGGGGCCUACAAAGAGCUAGUGACUUUUGCCAAGUACAUUUUGGCCAAGUUCUUUGCAUUGACUGCAGUCAACCCAAAAGCCUUCGUGGAGCUGCUGUUCUGGAAGAACACAGCUGUGGUUCGAGAGAUGACCGAGGGCUAUGGCUCCCUGGAUGGCGGGUCUUCCAGUCGCAAACCCACUAUGUGGAGUCCAGAGGAGGAGGCCCAGCUUCGGGAACUGUACCUCGCCCAUAAGGAUGUGGAAGGUCAGGAUGUGGUAGACGCCAUCUUGGCACACUUGCCUACUGCUCCUCGAACACGCAAGCAGAUCAUCCACCAUCUGGUUCGGCUGGGACUGGCUGACAGUGUCAAGGACUUCCAAAGGAAAGGAACCGAUAUUGUGCUAUGGACAGAAGAUCAGGAGCUGGAGUUGCAACGGCUUUUUGAGGAGUUCCAGGAUUCAGAUGAUGUCCUGGGUCAUAUAAUGAAGAACAUCACAGCCAAACGCUCACGGGCCCGAAUAGUGGAUAAGCUGAUGGCCCUGGGGCUGGUGACUGAGCGGCGGGAGCUGUAUAAGAAACGCCGGAAGAAGUUGGCACCCUCCAGCUUGCCCAGUGGAGAGGAGUCUCUGAAAGAUUUUUGCCAGGAAGAUAUCAAAGAAGAGGAGAGCCUGUCAGAGGAAAAUUGUGAAGAUGAGGAAGAAGAGGGCUUGGGAGUAGAUCAAGCCCAGGGUAGCUCAGUCCUCCCAACUGAAGACCUUGGGCAAAACCUGCUUCAGGAAGGCUUUUCUGCUCCCCUCCUAUGGCUCCAGAACUGCCUGAUUCGAGUAGCAGAUGAUCGGGAAGAGGACAGCUGCUCCCAGUCAGUUCCCUUGGUGCCAUUGACAGAAGAAAAUGAGGAAGCAAUGGAAAAUGAACAGUUUCAGCAGCUGUUGCGCAAGCUAGGGGUUCGGCCCCCUGCCUCUGGGCAGGAAACCUUCUGGCGAAUUCCAGCCAAGCUAAGUCCCACUUAUCUCCGGAGAGUAGCAGCGUCUUUGAGUCAACGAAGGGAGGAGGAAAAGCUGCACCCAGAGCUAGAACUUGAAGCCCCUGGAGAGCAAGGGCCUGAUGAGGAGCACCGAGCACAAGCACUGAGGGCCCUCCUGUUAGCCCGUAAAAAGAAAGCAGGCCUGGCGUCCCCGGGAGAGGAAGGGGCUACUGAUGGGAAAGAGCAGCUGAAGGCAGCACCCAAGAAGCGACAGCUGCUGGACAGUGAUGAGGAACAGGAGGAAGAUGAGGGCAGGAACAAAGCACCAGAGUUGGGAGCUUCAGGAAUCCAAAAGAAGAAACGGUUUCACAUUGAGGAUGAAGAUGAGAGCGACUGAAGAUCCAGAGCCUAGGGGUAGAGACAGGCUGGUUUAUAGAUGAUGAAUUUAAGUCAGAGUUGGGAGGGUCAUAUAGGAGCCAAGAACACUCUUACUGGACCGAAGCAAUAGAUUUAGGGCCCAGGAGUUUCAGGCAACAGGGUUGGACUUCUCUGCACCCAUCUUUUGUUUCUCGCAGUUUUAUCGAUAUGCCCUGGAAACUUACUCUUCUUAUCUCUCUAUACUGGUGACUGUGAGAGCCCCUUAGCUAAUGAGUGAGUGAGUGAAAUAUAGAGGGUACCCUGGACCCCCUAAUUGGCCCGUUCCUUUUGGCUUUCUGCUGGAGGUGGGUCACAGCACCAGACAGGAACUUUAUGACUUCAUGAUAGGUGGGGAUUUUGCACCAUUUUUAAGAGGCAAUAAAUGCCCCCAUACUCAUUUCCUUCCUACGAUCACCUCCUAGACCCCAGAUUUAGGCCAGUUCCUACAGUUGAUGUAGGAUUGGAAUGUAGUAAUCUCCAGCUGAUGAAUGUGUUUGUGGUUUGCGUUGAAUUAAACAAGUAAAAUUAAAAGUAGCCACCCUUGGUCUGGCUUGCCAAUCUGUCCAAGUCCCCCAGCCCUCCACCUGCUGUGCUCUUGGAAGAAGAACUGUACUUAGAGUUAAAAGAGAUUAUCAGCCCUCCCUUUUCUUACGCCUUCCUUCAUAGAAUACACAAAAACUCACCUCAAGAUCCUUUGUCUAGGAUAAAUCUUUAGGGUAACCAUA